AUGUCAGCGAAGGGGCCUGAUGCCAUGGAUAGGGGACACAUAAGCACGUUUGAGAGUAAGUUAGUUGAAGAAGCUGGUGUUGAUAAAAGUCAGAGCAGCCACUUGUGGCCGCGGGCCACUAUUGAUUCAGGCAUCAGUUGCGAUGCAGAUGUAAAAGAGACACUGCCUACUCUUGUGGGCGGAGAGGGUGAUAGAAAGAAACUCUCCACACAGAAGCAGAGAAACGAAAGCCCAAGUUGCGAAGUGGUCGAAGUUUCAAAUAGUCCUGUAGAUAUUCCUGUGAAACGUGUGGUACUCAAGGUACUUUCCCUUCUAUGGCCUAAAGGAAAGCCCCAAGUCAAACUUCUUGUCGUUAUGAGCAUGAUGUGCGUGCUGGCAGCCAAGGUCUUGAAGGUCGCUGUACCUUUUUGGUUCAAGUCGGUUAUUGAUAUUCUGACUCCAAGUGCAUCUGCUGCCACCGCGCUGCCUGCUGUCGGCUUUUUUCCUGUAGGUGUAUUUGGUUGCGUUGCUGCUUACGGCAUUUGCCGAGCCAUGAAUUCUGUAACUGAGGAACUAAAGACUGUGCUUUUUUCGCCUGUAGGAGGCAAUGCUUCGACACAACUAGCGAUGGAAAUGUUUGACAAGUUACUUAAACUCGAUUUAGGAUUUCACCUAAAUCGUGAAACGGGCGUCCUAAGCAAGGAUUUGGAUCGCGGCAGUCGUGCCUUUUGGUCGCUGGCAUAUGCUCUUUUAUUCUUGGUGGUGCCAACAGCCUUUGAGAUGGUCCUGGUGUGCGUUGCCCUCAAUUCACAGGCUGGAGUUCAGUUUAUUGGGUUGGCUUUGGCAGCAGUUUUUUCUUAUAUACUCUGGACUUAUACUGUGAGUAAUUGGCGCACUAGAUUCCGAAGACGAUAUAAUGAACUUGAGAGCCGCGUCGGUGGCAUUACAGUUGAUGCGUUGCUGAAUUAUGAAACGAUAAAGUGUUUUGGGACUGAAGAGUAUGAAUCAGCCCGUAUUCGAGCCAACACUGAGAAGAUGAACACAGAGUUGAUAAAGCUGGAUCAGUCUAUGGCACUCCUCAAUUUUGGUCAGCAGCUUAUCUUCGUUGUAGCAGGUGUUUUGUCAUUCUACUUAGCGACAUGUGGGGCCAUUGCCGGAACCAUGACGGUUGGCGACUUGGUUCUUACUGAUGCAUUAUUGAUGCAGCUUUAUAUGCCUCUUAGCUUCUUAGGCAUGAUUUAUCGAGAAAUUCAAACUUCGACGCAAAAUAUGCAGGCAAUGAUAGGUCUCCUGGAUCAUGUGCCGAGUGUAGUUGACGCGGUUGACGCCACGCCCUAUACGUACAUUAAUGGUACGAUAGAGCUGCACAACGUUACUUUCAAAUAUAAAGCCGAUUCUGAGGAAGCUCUAAUUAGAAAUAUGUCCUUGACGAUACCAGGUGGGAAAACGGUGGCUUUUGUGGGUCCCUCUGGCUCUGGAAAAAGUACCAUCUUACGUUUGAUUUUUCGAUUUUUUGACCCAACCGAAGGAGAGGUUCUGUUUGAUGGCCAACCUUUGCGCAAGCUGCAGCUAGCCAGUGUACGUGCAAGAGUGGGGAUCGUCCCACAGGAUACGGUAUUGUUUAAUACAUCUAUCAGGGAUAACAUAUCAUACAGCCAAAUCAACGCCACGGACUCUGAUAUCGUAGACGUUGCCAAGAAGGUAGGCUUGCAUGAAACCAUUUUGAAAAUGAGUAAGGGCUACAACGCAUCUGUGGGGGAGCGAGGGCUGAAGCUGUCUGGCGGCGAGAAACAGCGUGUUGCUAUUGCGAGAGCUCUUUUAGUGGAUCCGCCAAUUCUCUUAGCUGACGAGGCCACAUCCGCACUGGACAGCAAGACUGAAACUAAGAUAAUGGAAAUAAUGAGGGUAGCAUCAAAGCAAGGUAAGCCACGUACCAUCAUUCUUAUUGCUCACCGUCUCACGACAGUUAAGGAAGCCGACAUUAUCUACGUUCUUGACGGCAAAGGUGGUCUGGCGGAGCAAGGAACCCAUAGUGAACUACUGCGAUCCGGAGGGCUUUAUGCAGAACUGUGGUAUCAGCAGCUACGGGAUCGCCAAUCCUUUCAGGAGCGCGGAUUACAUCAUUGA